AUGAGCGCCAAAGAAAAGAAACCCGCGCCGAAAUCCUCAUCAUCUCGUAUCGACAAUUCGACUUCGACUUCGACUUCAACAUCUAAUUCCAUCGCGCAUCGCGCCGCCGCUUCUACAUCCACAUCAACAUCUGCAAAAUCGCAAAACUCCGAUCACAAAACCCCUACUUCUGCAUCUAUUAUAUCCCAAUCUCCAUCUCCAUCUCCACCCUCAUCUUCGGAAAUCACAGCACCACCGCGCGUACGCCUUCCGCGCCAUAGUUCAAAAGCUGCAAAUCAUCCACCAUCCGAAUUCCCAAGAAGUAACACCCCCACCACCCUUCACCCACGACCUCAAUCUCAAUCUCGAUCUCGCUCUCGAUCCCAAUCACCGCCUCGAUCAAAAACCCCCUCUCCACCCAUCCUCGCCCCAAUUUCCCACGACCCCUCCCACUCCUCCCACUCCUCCCCCUCCUCCCCCACCCCUCAAACCAACCACCUAACCACCGCCCUCCUCCACACCCGCGAAACCCUGCACCUCCUCCAAACCGCCCACACCACCCUCCACAACACGUACCUCGCAACCGACAGCACCCUCCGCCUCCUACGCAACACGCACGCCAAUUGUCCGCGCCCCUCCGACGUCCAGAGUCGCAUUGGCGCAUUGAUGUUGGACCGGGAUGCUUUUCGCGAGGCGUAUAAUGAGGCUAUGGGAGAGAUGCGCGCGAAGGAUGAGGAGAUGAUGGCGUUGCGGGGUCAGGUAAGGGGGCUGAAGGAGUGGGUGAGUAGUAGUGGGCGGGGUGGGGUUGGGGGGGAACAGGUUACGGAUGAGGUGGUUGGGGAGAGGAUGCAGUGGAUUGGAAAUGCGUUGCAAAAUUGGGUCAUUUCGAAUUUUAGGAGGGGAAAGAUUGAUUUAGACAAAGCUUCGAAUAAUAUACGGCAACAAUUGGAGCAAUGGGUACCCAUGUAUCAGCAUCUAGCAACAACGUCCAAAAUUAACUUCUUACAAUCACUUGUAUCAAGCUUAUUAGUAUUUGAUAUCUUCCAAGCAUAUUUCGUUGGUCUCCCCGAACAACAAGCACUGGAGCUCGCGAAGACGGAAAUCACCUUGGGAUCUUAUGGUUCUGAAGAAGCCAUGAAUCAAUGGCGUUCUACCACGCUCGGAAUUUUAUUGAACGAAGCUCCCGAGAAACUAAAAUCGGAGACCGCCACCGUGGUGAAUACCGUGGUUGCACAACUCAAUCGUUUGCUGGAUCCGAUCUGUGAUGUACCAAGUUCCGAAGCGAGAGACCAGUCGCUAAAAAUUAUAAUAAAUACUGCGAUUGACCUUGCACGACUAUUGCGCGUUCAAAAGGCCAGCUUCAGUAUUAUGAUGCCUGUGAUUGAACAUCAUCAGAGAACCAUGUUUGACGAGGAGAGAAUGGAGGAUAUUGGGGGAGAGGAUGAAGAUAAUUUAAACGAGCGAGAAAUUAGCUGCGUGACAUUCCCUGGUAUCAUGAAGGCCGGAGAUGAAAAUGGAGAACGGAACCAUUUGGUUAAUAUUGUUACGAAGAUGAAGGUACUUUGCGCUCCUGAUUGA